CGAGGGGAUAGCAAAAAAAGAAAAGGAAAGAAAAAGAAAGAAAAAUGGGCACCCUUUAUCAGAGUUCUUCACUGCAUAAGUCCCUUGGUUUGAGCAUGGGGGGAUCUUGCGUCUCCGACUACAUCAAGAAAUUUGCGACUAAAGACAAGCCAGAAGACAAAGGUUCAAAAGGAAAGCAUGCGACUCCCAAGAAAGGAAUACAAACAGAAAGCAACAAUUCUUUGGAAGAAAACAAAACGGGAACCAAGUUGGAUGAGCAACACGGAACACGUGAAAAGGUAAACUUGUCCAGCGUGGUCCUUUCCAAGGAGGACUCCAGGCCAUGUGCUGCAGAGAAGAUGGCCCAGCUUGAACCGACAGAGCCUUUGGGAUGGGCGAAUGGCUCCAAGGAUUGCCCCAGACAAAAAGAAGACAUUGUCCAGAACGAUGGUCCUUUCUGCUCAAGUGGUAGCAAUCCCACGGAGACCCAAAAUAUGGAUGGAGAAAAAUCUCCCCAGAAACAGGUGACUCCAAAACAGAAGGGAGGAGAAACAAGUGGACUUGGCACUCCUGCUGGGGAAGCUGUGUCUUCUACCUCAAAGUCUGGUGGUGAAGUUAUAAGGACAAGGCCUUCAGUCAUUGCACCGAUGAACGAUGCUCCAGACAAGACUUUGAGAAGCAAAGAAGGAAGUGUUGGUAGCUCUGCAGGUAGACACGCUGGAGGGUUGGCUCUGCUGUCUCUGUGGCCAAUAGGUGAAGGAAGGAAGCAUUUGCAAGAACCUCCUAAAGCCAAGGAGCCCUCAAAGGACAGCGAGACUGAGUCCACACAAGAACUGAAAGGAGUCCAGUCUCCCCAUAAGAGGAGCCAGCAGAUUCCUCAACUGUCAGGUCCUCCUUCACCAGCAUCACUUCCAAAGGCUGAAGACAAAGGAGAAAGUCAAUGCAAGACUCUCCCAUGUCCAAGUUCCACCCCAAAAGACUUUGGUGAAGAUCUGGGGGCCUCAGGAAAAAGUCCCAAGGAGAUGGCAAAGACCUUCAAAGACGGCAAGCCCGAAAUGGUGGAAUCAAGGAGAGUUUCUUUAGUGAGACGAGAAAGCAGAUCCAGGCAGGGACCAGAGAAAGUUUCGGAGAUUACUGCAUUCGUAAGAGCUACUAAAGCAGAAGAGAUGGUCAUCGGUAAGGGGCGUUUUGGUCAAGUGCACAAGUGUACAGAAAAAUCCACGGGACUCUGUCUGGCCGCCAAGAUCAUCAAAGUGAAAUUAGCAAAAGAAAGGGAAGAAGUGAAGAAUGAGAUAAAUAUAAUGAACCAGUUAAGCCACGUGAACCUAAUUCAACUUUAUGAUGCUUUUGAGAGCAAGAACAACCUCACCUUAAUCAUGGAAUAUGUCGAUGGUGGAGAGUUGUUUGACCGGAUUAUAGAUGAAAACUACAAUCUUACUGAGUUGGAUGCUAUCUUGUUUACCAAACAAAUAUGUGAAGGCAUCUACUACCUGCAUCAACAGUACAUCCUUCAUCUUGAUCUGAAGCCUGAAAACAUCCUCUGUGUGAGCCACAGUGGAAACCAGAUUAAAAUAAUUGAUUUUGGACUCGCAAGGCGGUACAAGCCUUGUGAGAAGCUGAAAGUCAAUUUUGGCACGCCCGAAUUUUUGGCUCCCGAAGUUGUCAACUAUGAUUUUGUGUCCUUCCCGACAGACAUGUGGAGCGUAGGCAUCAUAGCGUACAUGCUGGUCAGUGGCUUGUCGCCUUUCCUUGGAGAGACGGACGCAGAGACCAUGAAUUACAUAAUCAACUGCAACUGGGAUUUUGAUGCAGAAGCUUUUGAACAAGUGUCUGAGGAGGCCAAAGACUUUGUUUCCAGACUUCUAAUAAAGGAAAAAAGUGGCAGAAUAAGCGCAGCCAACUGCUUGAAACACGAGUGGCUGACCAAUCUGUCCACCAAGGCGAAGAGAUCGAAAGUUCGCUUGAAGUCUCAGAUGCUUCUACAGAAAUACAUGGCCCAGAAGAAGUGGAAGAAGCACUUCCAUGUGGUCACAGCUGCCAACAGAUUGAGAAGAUUCCCUAACCUUGCUGAGUCUCCAACUGCUGAAGAAAACUGAGAUUGGGUGAUAUUUUUUUAGGGACCCAUCCAUUUCCACCAGUUUCACGUUUUCUUUCCUCCUCUUCCUCAAUUGUUACAGCCAGUCGUCUGCUUUUACGAGCCUUCGAGCCUAAGAAGACACCUUGGGACUUCCCUACACCAGAGAGGUCUGACUGAAUGGGUUGUCUUACAACCUAUUGCUUGCAAGAGGAAGAAAACAGUUUGAAUGAUACCUCUUAGACUUUCAUUUCCGUAAUUGCACAUUUUAAUGGUUAGGAAUGGCUUUUUCUGCUGGGGACCGGCUGUCUUAUUUUUAAGGAGGUUAGGGUUUCGAGAAUGUCAAGCCAUGGUUGGAAGGUUGAACUUCUUCAAGCAGAAAAUGUAGCUUCUGCAGAGAUUGUGGUAGUUAUUUUCUGAAUUCAGUAUUUUUGCUUUUAAAGUAGAACUUUGGGUAGUGAUCAAUAGCUUUAAGAACACUUGCCAAGACAUUGUAUUGUGAUUAGAGUCCCUCUUUGGAGGGAGUUGAGCUGGGCAGAAAUGUGAAAAGUAAAUAAAAUUAGUUACCUUUU